AUGAAUUGGAAUUGGGACUUGAAUAAAUAUCCACAGUUAAGAUGUGUCGUUCCCACGGUGUUUUUCUGCCUGAUGGUGUAUGGGACGUGGGCAUUCAUUCAUAAGCUUUGUGUCAAGCAAUUAUUGGGGAGGCAUAACCACCAUGCCGCUGGUAUAGCGUUGAUAGUGGUGCAAAGUGUGCUGUUUGCGGUGAUCUCAUUUAUAUGGGCUCAAAUUUUGGUGGUUGGUCCCGGAAGACAGCCUCAUAUUGCGCCAUUUGAAUUGGUUUCGACAAACACAACGUCAGAGACUCAACCAACUUCUACGGUACCUGCCAAAUUGUAUCAAUGUGAUUCGAAUGGGUAUCCACGGUGGUGUAGUAAUUGUGAAGGUCUGAAAUCCUUAAGAUCACAUCAUUCUAGUGUGGCAAAUUAUUGUAUUCCGAGAUUUGAUCAUUAUUGUAUUUGGCUCGGUACAACAAUUGGUAAGGAUAACUACAAACAAUUUGUAAUUUUUUUAUUCUACUGUACCGUAUCAUUUGGCAUUAUGUGGAUCAGUGCUAUCGUCUGUUACUUGAAGUAUGGAAGGCAUUAUCAAGAACAAAAUAAUUUUGAUGGCAAUUUGGUCACUUUAGUAAUUUUGGGGGCGAUGGGUUGGUUUUUCGUUGCUGGAUUGCUACUUGCACAUAUUAGCUAUAUGGUGAGGAAUUUGACAUCGCUAGAAGUAAUAAUGUUGAACAAUAACAAGAAAUUCAAGAAAAAACACAGAAAGAACUCAGAAUUUCCUACAGAGAGAACGGUAUUUCUUUCAUUCUGGGAUGAAGAUCGAAAUGAAAGGUAUAUCAUUGAGGUGACAAGUACUGAAUUUAUCAAAUGCUUCGAUAAGAAAAGCUAUUUGAAAAACUGUCAAGAAUUCAUGGGCCAAAACCCUUUGUUAUGGUUAUUUCCGGUUGCUGCUUACAAGAGAACACAAGCUGCAUCGUCUCUUGAAAAGCAGUACGACUUGGAUACCAUACUGGGGACUUACAACGAAACUGUCAGUAAGAAUGCUAUCGUUUUCUUAAAGGGAAAAAUUUCUCGAGGAGAGUAUCUUACAACCCUCGAUGCUCACGGUGAUAAAUUCCUCUCUAACUAG